ACAGACAGCUAUGAAGAGGGCAGAAGGAAGGCUAAAGAGGCAGAGACCUGGUCAGACCUCCAGUCAGACGCAGAAAUGUCUGGACAGAAACCACCAAGGCGUAAAAUGAAGAGUGUUCGAAUUGGCCCACCUGGAGGUUGCUUAAUGGACUCAGAGGAGGAAUCUGGCCCACCCCCCAAGCAACUUCUUCCACCUGCCCCCACUGUAAACCUCCCUGUAGUCAUCCCAAACACCACUUUCACCCCUGUUCCCAUCACCACAUUGCCAGCAGCAGCAGCACCACCACCACAAGGGACAUAUACAGAGAUGCUGCAAAAUUGGCAGCCGAUGGACGAUGUGCCACCGCUGCGGAGUUGUCAGACGUUCAGAAUUGCCCCCCAGCAAUCAUCAGAACCAGCCCUGCUGAGGGAGGUUCUAACAAAAUUAGAGAUGGUGCUGGACCAGCAAUCCACCAUCCUCAGAUUGUUGCAGCUGCGGGAAGACCAGGGACAGCUUUUGAACAUAGAGGAAGGUUUGCUGCCCCUGCAAGACCUUCCACAACUGCUCAGCCUUGAGCAAAGGAUUCAGCAGAGCCCAGAUUACAAGCAAAAACUGAUAAACUGGUUGGGGCUUAUUGGUGGGGCGGACGUGCGCGACUGCACCUGGCGCAUAUUAAAGAGGUUGAUUGCCAACUCUCUGGCAAAGAACCUUAAUUGGAGAGGAGUCAAUGGAAAGACUUCAGUGGCCACUCUUCAACUCAGAGAGGUUGUGAUUUGCUCGUUAGAAGAGACUGCAAGAACUAAAUUGGCUGCAGUUCGGAGAAACCACCAACCCAUCACUGCUAAUGCCGCUGAAAUGGAGGUUGAGGGGACCAUAAGGAGGUGGCUCCAGCUGGCAGCUGAUCGAGAGGGCGGGCGCAAGAGACGGCUUUUGGAGAAGGCAGCUGUCUAA